AUGGUGGAGCACGUCAUCCGCGCUCGCCUUAGCACGGCCACCAAGGCCAUGGACGAGGCCCUGCAGUGCGUGCAGCGCAAGCGGGACCAACAGCUGGCUGACAUGGCCAACCUUGCCAGCCUCGUCACACAUCUCAAGGCACAACUGGAGUCUAAGGCUCAGGCGUGUAUGGACGCCAUGGACGAAACUAUGGCCUCAGUCACAACCACACUCCACCUCAAGGUCCAGGAGGUCAACGCGCAAGGUCGCACGUUGGACCUCACCGUUGAACGAGCGCUGAAUGAGCGCCGCCAGCGCGUGGCCGAGGUCAAUGAAGGAUCUCUGUGUCUGCAAAGUGAGCUGGAGAAGCAGGCGGCGGAAUGGAAUGAGGUGCUCGACCGCACCAUGGCAGGCAUCACCGCGCAGCUCAACAGCAAGGUGACAAGUGUGCUGGCGCAGCUGGACAAAGCGCAGGAGCAAGAGAUCAGGAACGAGGGCGAAGAGGCCAAGAGUACAACCCAUGCAGGCAGAGGCUCGGACAAAGAGGAACAGAGGCAACUGGACCGACAGGUGACCCUCAACGUUGGUGGUCGCACCUUCAAGACAUUCCAGAGCACGCUGCAACAAUACCCGGACACACUUCUGGGAGCCAUGUUCAGCGAGAGAAACCAAGCGCUGGUGCGCCACAGCACCGAAUACUUCUUCGAUCGUAACGGUGAUCUGUUUGCGUCCAUUCUCGACUUCUAUCGCCAUGGAGCGCUGGUGGCUCCGCAGACAAUCGACAAGGACCUAUGGCAAAGGGAGUUGGACUACUGGCAUUUACCCCAUAUGGCAGAGGAGCCCCAGAAAGUGCCGGAGAUGCUCCACAAGGUUGUCAGCGCUCUUAACCAGGGCUACCACAAAACUGUGAAGACACAUCAGACCCUCAUCACACGCGCCUGCCAAGAGCUUUCAACCAAACUUGAUGCCGAGCUGGGAACAGGCCCUCAUCAAGACAGAGAUAUCACGCAGGCUGGCUGCUGA